UGUUUUUUUUUUGUGCUACAUUCUUGCUCUACUUCUUAUAGCAGAAGAGACUCUGCGAGCUAAGAAGCCGAUCAUUUUCAAAUUCGCGACUGCAGUAUCCCAGCCAACCAGCAGCACAAGAACAAACAAAUCAAAGCCGACGACCUGCGAAUCUCCGCAGGAUCGCCGCCGACAGAAACGCAUCCCGUCACAUCUCCUACCUCUCUACAUUUACUCGGUCGCAGAUUCCAAACAUGAUGAUGGAAGACGAAGACGACGAUUUCUACGAUCCCGCCGAUGCGGUGCCUGUAACUCAGCAUCAGAAUGGAUCUCAGCAUCCCUCCACAGAUUCAGGACCUCAGGACUCCAAUGAUGCGGAAGAAGAGGAGAUAGAGGUAGAAGAAGAUGAGGACGACUUCAAUAUUAUCACCGAAGCACCUGCAGAUGCACCCCCUCCAGAAGUCCCACAUCCUCGUCACGCCAGCCUUCGCGCGGAGUCUCAAAGACCUUCCUCUUCUGCAGAUGUUUCUACGAUAUCAAAAUCAAUAACGCCCACCGUUACCCCUAAACUUGAAUCCGUUACCCCUGUGCCUGCUGCUGCAAGGCCUGCGGUCCCUCAGAAACCUGGUUCCGCCUACCCUCCAGUCCAUGCGUCGAACAUCGAUGUCCACGCGAACCCUGUCCAUCCGGCGACCGGUAAACCGAUCAUGUUAACAGACAUGGACACCGACUUUCCAGAGGACGACAAGCCUUGGAGGCGGCCAGGCUCCGACAUUACAGAUUAUUUCAAUUACGGGUUUGACGAGUUCACAUGGGCCAGCUAUGUGUUGAAGCAACAGGAGCUACGCAAGGAAAUUGGAGAUCAGAAGAAACAAUUGGAUGAUAUGCAGGCUUUCUUAAGCAUGGGGCUCCCGCCGAUGCCCGGUGGUCCUCCGGGACCUGGAGGGCCUCCAGGAAGCGCACCACCUCCUAUGCCCGGCAUGCCUGGAAUGCCGGAUAUGUCACAAGAGAUGAUGCAAGGCAUGCUGACGAGCAUGAUGUCGCAAGGUCUGGACCCCUCAUCCAUGGAUCCUAUGGCAUUUAUGCAGCAUGCGCAGGCCAUGAUGGGCGGGCAACCCGGCGCAGGCGGCGGACAACAAGGUCAACCCGGAUUUGGUGGGCAAGGUGGUGGUCAGCCUCAGAUGGGAUACGGAGGCGGCUUUGGUCGGGGUCGCGGGAGAAGAUGGUAAAGCUAGGUAUAUCUGAAGCUGCGACCUUGUUAUAAUAACGAAUACCUUGUCGAAAGCUCAGCAUUGGCGAUUCGAGCAGAGUACUAGAAAGUAGUAAACCUAUUCAUAAAUGAAUUACUCCCGAAGGCUAAGCUUCUUGUGCGGAUCUGGGGUCG